AUGGCACCUAGAUUGCCUCCCCCUCCUCAACCGAAUGAACCUGAUGCUUCCAACAACUCUAGAUUGUUGGAGAACGUCAUUGAGAGACUCCAACAACAAAAUACCACCCUCAUGGAACAAAACGCCACGCUGAUGCAGCAAAACCAAGCUGCUAUGCAGAGUCUGGAGGCAUCUCGUGCAAAUUCUGAGACCACGCAGAGACAGUUAAUGGAGAUACUUGCAGCAACUAGAGGUGCGUCUGGAGCAUCCUCUUCAAACGCUGCCCAACCAAAUGCUGAAUGGAGUUUGGAGAGUUUUCUCCAACAUCAUCCGGUCAAGUUCAGUGGGAAAGGUUUUCCGGAUGAAGCGGAUCAGUGGCUGAGAGAUAUGGAGAGAAUUUUUAACGCCAAGAGAUGUCCGGAUGAAAACCGCUUGGCGUAUACGGAGUACUUGCUGACUGGGGAAGCAAGCCACUGGUGGGCGAGCGCCAGAGCUAUUGUAACGGACGCUCACCAGCAGAUUACUUGGGAAGUGUUCAGAAACAAGUUCUAUGAAGAGUACUUCCCUGACAGCGUCCGUUUUGCAAAGGAGGUUGAGUUUUUACAGCUGGUUCAAGGGGGAAUGUCAGUUUCUGAAUAUACCAACAAGUUCAAGCACCUUAUUCGGUUUAAUACACUGGCCACCAGUGGAGAGUGGCAGUGUAGGAAGUUUGAGAACGGUUUAAGGAGUGAUUUGAAGGUGAUGAUUUCAAGCCUGUGCAUAAGAACGUUUCCUGCCAUGGUUGAGAGGGCCAAGGUGUUGGAGAAGAACAUGGCGGAAGCGGAACGGCACAAGAAACAGCAAACAGCAAGGGGGCCGAUUGUCUCAAGGGGAAAUGUGAAUCAGAGAGGAUCCCCUUAUGCUCGUCCAGCAGUUAACGCGAGUGGAUCUCAAGCCUUGGUCCCUGCUGGACAGUCUGGGCAGCAAGGUAGCGUUGUAUGUUUCAAGUGUGGAGGGCCACAUUAUCGAUCGUCAUGUCCUCAGCUAGUUGGAGUGAAAUAUUGCACUCGGUGUAGGCGAAAUGGCCAUCUGGAGAACGAGUGCAACAUGGGCGGACGCGCAGUAAUGAGGCCGCCGAACGCUGGGAGAAAUCAGCAGGGAAGAGGUGGUCGAGCCCAAGCUACUGGACGGGUGUAUGCAAUCACUGGAGCGGAGGCAGCGAGCUCAGGUACGCUCGUCACUGGUACCUGCCUAGUUCAUGGAAUACCUUGCUGUGUGUUAUUUGAUUUUGGGGCGACGCACUCCUUCAUAUCGAAGGCAUGUGUUGAAAAGCUGGGGAUUGUGGAGAGAGAUAUGCAGUUCGACUUGGUGGUAUCAACACCAGCGGCUGGAGAGCUUAGGACAUCUACCGUAUGCAUUAGAUGUCCUAUUGUGGUUGAGGGGCAUAGUUAUAAGGUGAAUUUAAUCUGUUUACCUUUGAAGGACUUGGAAAUCAUUCUAGGGAUGGAUUGGUUGGCUGUCAACCACAUUCUCAUAGAUUGUGGCAAUAAGGAGUUAGUAUUAACGGACGAAGAUGAAGAAUGCGUAGGUGUGACGCUCGGUCAAUUGAAAGAAGAUAUUAUGGAGGGCGCGUCUUGCUUCUUGAUCAUGACGCAUGAAGACCAAGAGCUGGGAGAAUUGAGGCAAGAACGAGCAUCCGUUGUUGACAGUAAAGAACGAACGUCCAUUUUGGAGGAAUUCCAGGACGUUUUUCCAGAAGAAAUACCAGGGUUACUUCCUGUGCGUGAGAUUGAAUUCACCAUUGACCUGGUGACCACAGCAGCCCCUAUAUCUGUUCAACCGUACCGUAUGGCGCCUGCAGAGUUGGUUGAACUCAAAAAGCAGAUUGAAGAGCUAAUGGAGAAGCAAUUCAUAAGACCGAGCGUAUCGCCCUGGGGAGCGCCUGUACUCUUAGUGAAGAAGAAGGAUGGCAGCUCUCGGUUAUGUAUAGACUACAGGCAAUUGAACAAGCUGACCAUCAAGAACAAAUACCCGUUGCCAAGGAUUGAUGACUUGUUGGAUCAACUGCAUGGGGCAACGGUGUUCUCUAAGAUUGAUUUGCGUUCGGGAUAUCACCAAAUCAGGGUGAAGGAGGACGACAUCCAGAAGACUGCUUUUAGGUCGCGUUAUGGACACUACGAGUAUGUAGUGAUGCCAUUUGGAGUAACAAACGCUCCUGCAGUGUUCAUGGAUUAUAUGAACCGCAUCUUCCGGCCAUACUUGGACAAGUUUGUGGUCGUUUUUAUAGAUGAUAUUCUCAUCUACUCUAAGACCCAAGCUGAGCAUGAAGAACACUUGAGGGCAGUGCUGAGCGUGUUGAGGGAAAAUGAGUUGUAUGCAAAACUGUCCAAGUGUGAAUUCUGGAUGAAGGAGGUGCAGUUUCUGGGCCAUAUUGUGUCCGCUGGAGGGAUCUCGGUAGACCCAGCAAAGGUACAAGCGGUUAUGGAAUGGGAACGCCCGCGUUCAGUCACGGAGGUGAGAAGCUUCGUUGGUCUUGCGGGCUACUAUAGGCGUUUCAUUGAGGGGUUUUCUAAGAUAGUAGCACCGUUGACGCAACUUACAAGGAAGGAUCAGCCGUUCGCUUGGACUGAUUUGUGUGAGGAGCGUUUUCAAGAGCUGAAAGUGAAGUUGACGAGCGCUCCUGUACUAAUCAUUCCGGACACGUCCAAGCCUUUUGAAGUGUACUGCGACGCGUCUCAUCAAGGGUUGGGUUGUGUGCUGAUGCAAGAAAGACGAGCGAAGGAGCUGAAUAUGAGACAGAGACGUUGGUUAGAGUUCUUAAAAGACUAUGAGUUUGAGUUGCUCUAUCAUCCUGGGAAGGCCAAUGUAGUGGCGGACGCUCUAAGCAGGAAGGCAGUGCAUGUCUCGGUUAUGAUGGUGAGAGAGUUAAGUUUAGUGGAGAGUUUCAGAGAUCUAAGGUUACAGUUCGAAUUAGAACCGAAAAGCAUCAAGUGUUGUAACCUUAGCAUAUCUAGCGAUGUGUUUGAUCGGAUUUGGAUGAAGCAACGCGAGGAUGAAGAGCUGGAAGGAGAGAACGUGCUAACCGGACCUGAGCUCAUCCAACAAACAACCGAGAAAGUUAAAUUGAUCCAAGAUAGAUUGAAGACGUCCUUGAGCAGGCAGAAAUCCUAUGCGGAUAGAAGAAGAAGACCAUUGGAGUUUGCUGCAGGAGACCACGUGUUCUUAAGACUAAAUCCGAUCACUGGAGUAGGCAGAGUGGUUCGUCCAAAGAAGCUGUCUCCCAAGUUCAUAGGGCCGUACCAGAUUUUGAAGAAGAUUGGACCAGUAGCUUAUGAGCUUGCCUUGCCUCCUCAACUAUCAAAUAUACAUCCGGUCUUCCAUGUGUCUCAACUUAGGAGGUAUAUAGCUAAUCCCUCUCAUGUCUUGGAGCUGGAGAAUAUUCAACUGCGCCAAGACCGAACGUUGGAGUUACAACCAGUCCGCAUUGAAGAUGAACGCACCAAGCUACAUAAAGGAAAGGACGUUCGUUUGGUGAAGAUAGUGUGGGACGCUAAGACUGGUGACUCAACUUGGGAAGUGGAGAGUGCAAUGAGGGACUUGUAUCCACACUUGUUUACGAAUGGUAGAGCACCUCUUGAAGAAAUGCUGGAAGAAGAAAAUUUGGAAGAUGCAAAUCUGGUUGAGGUAGAAGUCAAGGCCGAGCCUUAG